AGGGGUAAAGCUACACCUCUGUUGUUGCAGAGUAGUGUACCAAACACCACCAUUGUGUUAACUUAGCUAGUAAUUACAAGAGAAAAUGACCCCUCUCUCUCUCACAACACUGUCUUUGUGUAUUUUCUAGUCUUUUAAGUGACCUGCUGUCUCUCUGAUGCUACAGCGUUCAGCUUUUCAGACUUCUAACCUUUGUCUUCUGUUAGGCAAGGCUUGGCAUCCCCCAGGCUUCUCUGAGCGGAGCAUAACAGGCUUGUCUCCCUCUCUGUCUGUUUAAAACAUUUAUCUCCUCGGCAGCUCAGAGCCUGCAGAGGGAGAGUACACUGUCCUACAGCUGGUCUGGGAGAGGGAGGAAAUAACUUGGCAUUGCGACAGACAGACACACAUCCUGCAACACGUUGACUUCUGUUCUGCUAUGGAGCGCUGGGUUCUCCUCUCUCUGUCUCUCCUGGUCUGCCUGUAUCUGGAGGUGGCUGGAGCUGGGGCCCGGGACCAGAGAGGGCUGGCUGGCCAGGGCAACGGGAGGAGGAGAGGGCCAGGGGGCGCAGAGCACAACCAGCUCCAGGGAGUAGGACUAGGACGGGGAAAGAGGAGGAAGGCAGGAGGGCCCGGGAAAGGGAGAGCCAGGGGGAACAGGGACAAUCAGAGAUCAAAACCCCCCCUGGGUCUGACGAGGCUGGGGAGUCUUCCACCCAACGCAGGAGGAGAUGGAGGGACGAGGAUGGGGAGUCUUCCACACAACGCAGGAGGAGACAGAGGCUCUAUUUUCAUUGAGUCGUACAAGAGUGUUGACGAGAGAAAGUCUAACUACAAUGUAAUCCCAGGUAAACGGGGACAGUGUGUGUACCAGGGCAUCACCAUGUUUGAGAAAGCUGUCUGGUCCCCCAAGCAGUGUGUUACCUGUCUGUGUAGCGGAGGGGAGGUGGUCUGUGACGAGAUCCUUUGUCCCCAGCUACGAUGUCACUACCCCUACACUCCCACUGGGGAGUGCUGUCCUGUCUGCAUGGAUACAGUUCCCAACGACCCCAGCGACCAUGUGAACCCUGACCUUGACCCCGCCGUGCCCCGCUCCCAGGGCGAGAUCGAACUCUUCUUGAAGAGAGAGGAGGAGGAGCACAGGGAGGAGGAGGCACGUCUUCUCAAGAAGGACGCCGAGAAAAAGAGGAGGAAGAAACAGAAGAAGGAGGCUGAGAGACAGAGGAGUCUGCAGGAGGAGAGGAGUCUGCAGGAGGAGAGGAGGCUGCAGGAGGAGAGGAGUCUGCAGGAGGAGAGGAGGCUGCAGGAGGAGAGGAGGCGCGAGGAAGAGCGGCUGCAGAUGGAGAAGGAGGCAGAGAAGGCAGAGAAGAGGCAGGAGGAAGCAGAGGCGGCCAUGAAGGAGCAGGGAAGGAAGCUGGAGGAGGAGAGGAGGAGACACGAGGAGGACCUGAAGGAGAACCUCAGGGAGCUAGAGGAGGAAGAAGAAGAGGAGAGGGAGCAGGAAGACAUGGAGUGGCUGUUGAGAGGAGAUGUUUUCCAGAUCUUUCCAGAGGAGCCGAUCGAAGAGGACCUCCUUACACCUCCCCUAGCCGAGCACACUGAGAAACAAGAGGAGGAUGGAGGAGAGGAGUGGGGAGUGGUGGUACGCAGACCUGGGAACACCCUCCCGUUAGGUUGUGAUAUCUCUGAUGUCAUCGUGACGUGUGAGAACGCUCAGCUGACCAACUUCCCUCCCCUGAACAUCCCUGAACUCAAGUCUCUGAGCCUGGAGGGUAACGCCAUCACAACCAUCCCAGUGGGGGCGUUCAAUGGUAUCCCCAACCUGGAGUGGAUUAACCUGAGCAAGAACAAGUUGGUGACUUCAGGCAUUGCCCCACGUGCCUUCAAAGGCCUGAAGACCCUGAGCCGUCUGUUUCUGGACAACAACCUCCUCGAGACGGUUCCAACAGAUCUCCCAUCAACACUACAGGAACUCAAGAUCAAUGAGAACCACCUCAAAGGCAUCGAGGAGAACAGCUUCCAAGGUCUGAGUAGCCUGUUGAUCUUGGAGUUGGAGGGAAAUGUCCUGCACGAAGGGAACGUGGAUCACCAAGCUUUCAGUCCCCUCUCUCAGCUCUCUUACCUACGUCUGGGCAGAAACCACUUCAGGACCGUCCCCCAGGGCCUGCCUCCAUCUCUACUGGAGGUUUAUCUUGAGAACAACCUGAUAGAAGAGAUAUCCGACUGCGUCUUCAACCAAACCACUAACCUGAACGUGAUCUCACUGAGACACAACAGACUGGAGGAGUCCAGGAUAGCACCUCUGGCAUGGAUCAACCACAAGAACCUGGAGUCCAUUGACCUGUCCUACAACCAUCUGUACCUGGUCCCAUCCUACCUGCCCAGAGCUCUGGUCCACCUGGUCUUGGUAGGGAACCAGAUUGAGAGGAUACCAGGGUUUGUGUUCGCCCACAUGGUGCCGGGGAUAGAGUACCUGUACCUGUCCCACAACAAGCUGGAUGGGGAGGGAGUGGAGCCACAGGCCUUCUUCGGUGCUCACACCUCCAUGACAGAGCUGUGUUUAGACCACAACCAGCUGGUUACGGUUCCCCCUGGCAUCAACCAGAUGAGCGCUCUGCACUUCCUCCACCUCAAUAACAACAGAAUCAGGACCUUUGCCGAGGAUGCCAUCUGUGACCCUGAGAACAACGAGGACUCCCACAUCGUGAUGCUGCGUCUGGAAAACAACCUCAUCGACCCCAGAAAGAUCUCCCCCAUUGCCUUCUCCUGCGUACGCUCUUACUCGAGCGUCGUCUUGAAACCUCAGUGGACCAAGUAACAGGAUUUGAAAAACUGUGUGGCAGAAUUGCCAAAACAGAUCCCCUUCUUCCUUAGGCACCCCUGUAGAUCUUAAAGGCUGGGAUAGGCGGAAACAAUAUGGCGACAUUUCCACACAGCCAAUCACAAGGCAAGAGGAAGCCAUUAUCCUCUCAGAUCAACAGAGCCUGGAAUUCAGCCGCUGUUAUUUUAGCAAAACAAAUCCAAAACCAAAAGAAAAAUGUCAGUGAAAUCACCAAAACUACAAACUGUAUCUCAUUGUUAGAGUCAUGCAACACAAUUCAUUUCAACAACCAUGAGAGAGAGAGGAGAGAGAGAGAGAGACAGAGAGGAGAGAGAGAGACAGAGAGAGUGAGAGAGACAGAGAGAGAGUGAGAGGGAGAGAGAGAGAGAUUGAGAGAGAGACACCAAGAGAGAGCGAGAGAGACAGCGAGAGAGAGAGAGACAGCGAGAGAGAGAGAGAGAGAGAGAGAGACAGCGAGAGACAGAGAGAUACAGCGAGAGAGAGAGACAGCGAGAGAGAGAGAGAGAGACAGCGAGAGAGAGAGAGAGACACAGAGAGAGAGACAGCGAGAGAGAGAGAGAGACACAGAGAGAGAGACAGAGAGAGAGACCUUCCACUCCUGAUUUUCCAUCUUCUAAAACUCCAUGGAUGGAAACAGUGAGGCACAGCUUCUUGGACUUGUUCCUAAAACCUUAAUUUAAAAGAUUGAAGUGUUUGAAUAAGACCUCCUAGCAGAGUUAACCUCAGCAUGAUCUGGUCUGCAUCCCAAAUUGCAAGCUCUUCCCAUAUAUAUAUAUAUAUAUAUAUAUAUACACUGCUCAAAAAAAUAAAGGGAACACUAAAAUAACACAUCCUAGAUCUGAAUGAAUUAAAUAUUCUUAUUAAAUACUUUUUUCUUUACAUAGUUGAAUGUGCUGACAACAAAAUCACACAAAAAUUAUCAAUGGAAAUCAAAUGUAUCAACCCAUGGAGGUCUGGAUUUGGAGUCACACUCAAAAUUAAAGUGGAAAACCACACUAUAGGCUGAUCCAACUUUGAUGUAAUGUCCUUAAAACAAGUCAAAAUGAGGCUCAGUAGUGUGUGUGGCCUCCACGUGCCUGUAUGACCUCCCUACAACGCCUGGGCAUGCUCCUGAUGAGGUGGCGGAUGGUCUCCUGAGGGAUCUCCUCCCAGACCUGGACUAAAGCAUCCGCCAACUCCUGGACAGUCUGUGGUGCAACGUGGCGUUGGUGGAUGGAGUGAGACAUGAUGUCUCAGAUGUGCUCAGUUGGAUUCAGGUCUGGAAUCCUGAAUCCAAUAAAUCAGGAUGUAUUGUCAAUCACUGUUGCUUCCUAAGUGGACAGUUUGAUUUCACAGAAGUGUGAUUGACCUGGAGUUACAUUGUGUUGUUUCAGUGUUCCCUUUAUUUUUUGGAGCAGUGCAUAUAGUGCACUACUUUUGGCCAGGGCCGGUAGGGAAUAGGGUGCCAUUUGGGAUGUAGAUCUGGUGAUCGAGGGGUACAGAUGAGGAUGUAACAUGUCUUGAGAUGCCCUUUCAGUCCUUCCUUGUGAUUUAUUUUUUUUGGUCCCCAGUUUGAGACGUUGCUUCAGAUUUCGUUCGCUUGACGUUCCCCGACUGAGAGUAUAUAGAUGUAUCAACUAAACCACACACGUCCUCAAGUAAGCACAGAAAUAUAAAUAGAACCAUCUUUACCAGUCAAAUUGCCAGGGUUAGAGGUUCCAAGCCCGUUCUAUAGAUUGUAUUUCUAUGUCAAGCAGCGGGUCAGGAUCUACAAUAAGGAGAUUUACCUCUGAUAUAUAUAGGGAUAUGUAUAUUGGGAUAAUAUUAAUAAUCAGUAUGUUUUACAUAUGAUAUUGCUUUGCCCUCAACUGACUCAUUUCACCAGGCAUUCUAUAAGGGAAGUAUACUGUAGAAUGUAAACCCGUACAAUACAUUCUAUAAGGGAAGUAUACUGUAGAAUGUAAACCCGUACAAUACAUUCUAUAAGGGAAGUAUACUGUAGAAUGUAAACCCGUACAAUACAUUCUAUAAGGGAAGUAUACUGUAGAAUGUAAACCUGUACAAUACAUUCUAUAAGGGAAGUAUACUGUAGAAUGUAAACCCGUACAAUACAUUCUAUAAGGGAAGUAUACUGUAGAAUGUAAACCCGUACAAUACAUUCUAUAAGGGAAGUAUACUGUAGAAUGUAAACCCGUACAAUACAUUCUAUAAGGGAAGUAUACUGUAGAAUGUAAACCCGUACAAUACAUUCUAUAAGGGAAGUAUACUGUAGAAUGUAAACCCGUACAAUACAUUCUAUAAGGGAAGUAUACUGUAGAAUGUAAACCCGUACAAUAGUUUUCAGAGUUUGAAAUCUGUCUGCAACACCACGUGUACACGGCUGGCUAAGAUUUAAAAAUGGGGAUAUUGUGAAUUUAUAAAUAAAAAAGCUACAUUUGAGAAUUGCAUUAUCGACAAGUUCAUACAAAGUGCACGUUAUUUUUUUGUUCAUACCUGUACAAGCACACGAUGUCAGAACGACUUAAAAUAAAGCUUUACUUUGUUACGAAUCAAAUAA